GUUACCUUGAAAGGGCUUUGUUCUGGCAAGGUGAUAAUAACAUUCUGGAAAUGCCUCCUUAGAAGCCAGCAAAUAAAAGGAAGGCGGAUGAAGAAAAGACUCAAACCUUGCAAGGCCUUUGGGGGGCUUUGGGGGACAUAUGGACGAUAGGACACCAAGCAGUGCACUCUGUGGAGGCUUUUCCAACCCAAGUGAUGCUCCCUGGACUUGUGCCAAUUGUGGUCAUAUCCCUAUUCAGCACUCAUGCCAAUCUGGCCCAUGCAGAAAACGACAGCAAACAUGAAAGGCCAUUGGUGAAAGAGGCCCUGGCACGGGCAAGGCAGCUGGUCUCCUUGGCGUAUCAUCGCUCUAGAAGCAGAGGGAAAGCAGUGCUGACCAAGGGAUCCCUCAGUGCCAGCGACCUGCUGAGCGUGUUCAAGCACCCCGAGGCAGAGACCAACGCGGCGGUUCAUGCGGCUGAGCUGAUGGACACAACAGUGGAGCUCAUCCGGCAGCUUGUGUACAAGCGGGAGAAGCGUUAUGCCAACAUGUCAGGAGUCUUAAGUGGCCAUGAUCUCUCCACCUUGGCAGAAGUAACUGGCUGUGCUGCUCAGCUGCGGCCCAUCAAGUGCUCAGACACCUGUUUGACUGAAAAGUACAGGUCCAUAGAUGGGACGUGCAACAACAGGAAGAACCCACUUUGGGGAGCAGCAAACACAGCCUACGCCCGCUGGUUGCCCGCAGACUAUGAAGAUGGCUUCUCUGCACCCAAAGGAUGGAAUCAAUCCAAGACCUAUAACGGCUUCUCAUUGCCUUUGGUGCGCCAGGUGUCCCAUGAAAUCCUGCAUACACGGAAUGAGAACAUCUCCCUGGACAGCUCCUACACCCACAUGCUGGUGGAGUGGGGCCAGUGGAUUGAUCACGACAUGGAUCUCACCCCCCAGAGUGCCAGCACCGUUUCUUUCAUGGACGGAACAGACUGCUCCCACGGUUGCAUCAACCGGAAUCCGUGCUUCCCCAUCCAGAUCCCUGCUGGUGACCUCCGUCUGGGUGGGGGGACAAUGAAGUGCAUGCCUUUCAUCCGCUCUUCGCCAGCUUGUGGCAGUGGACAAUCCAGCUUCCUUCAGGGGCAGCUGCAGCCCCGGGAGCAGCUGAACAGCCUCACCUCCUUUGUGGACGGCAGCAUGAUCUAUGGCAGCACGGCUUCGCUGGCCAGGAAGCUCCGCAACUUCACCCAGGCACUGGGGCUUCUGGCCGUCAACCAGGAGUUCUCCGACGGUGGCCUUCCGCUCCUGCCCUUUGCUGAGAAGAAAUCCCCAAACCCUUGUGCCUUGACGCGGGACUCCUGCCUUGCCAAUGCGUCUGACGUGCCCUGCUUUGUGGCAGGAGACUCGCGGUCCAAUGAACAUUUAGGCAUUCAAGUCCUGCACACAGUGUUCCUGAGGGAGAGCAACAGGAUCGCUACCACCCUCCACCAGCUCAACCCCCAGUGGAGUGGGGAAAUUCUGUAUCAGGAGACUCGCAAAGUCAUUGGGGCCUACCUCCAGAUUAUAAACUGGAGGGAUUAUGUCCCAAAGAUCCUUGGCCCAGAAGCCACUGAGGCCUACCUUCCUCCAUACUCUGGUUACGACGAGUCUGUUGACCCCCGUAUCUCCAAUGUCUUUGCCACAGCUGCAUUUCGCUUUGCCCACGUCACCAUCAAUCCUUUCCUCUCCCGUCUGGAUGAAAACUUUGAGGAGAAUCCCAGUCACCCCAGCAUAUCUCUUCAUCAGUCAUUCUUCUCCCCAUGGAGGAUCAUCGAGGAAGGAGGGAUCGAUCCUAUCCUACGUGGAGAGAUCUUCACCCUUGCAAAGCUCCAGACAGCCACUCAGAUGAUGCCAGAGGAGCUGACAGAGAAGCUGUUUCAUCCCAAGAAGGCCCUGUCCCUUGACCUGGCAGCUCUGAACCUGCAAAGAGGCCGGGACCAUGGACUGCUAGGUUACAACUCCUGGAGGAGGUUCUGCGGUCUCCCAGAGGCCCACACUUUCUCUGACUUGCAGCAUAUCCUCAACAGCAGCUACCUGGCUCACAAACUACUCAAGCUGUAUGGGACGCCUGAGAACAUUGAUGUUUGGAUUGGGGCCAUCGCAGAACCUCUCCUGCCUAGUGCCCGAGUGGGGGAACUGCUUGCCUGCUUGCUGGGAAGGCAGUUCCAGGCCCUGCGAGAUGGUGACAGGUUCUGGUGGGAGAAUGAAGGAGUGUUCACCCCUCGCCAGAGGGAAGAGUUAGCAAAGGUGACUCUGUUCCAGAUCCUCUGCGACAACACCCACCUCCACCACCUCCCUGCGGACGUCUUCUCAACCAGUCACUUCCCAAGUGACUUUGUGUCUUGCAAGAGCUCCCAGAUUCCAAGGGUGGACCUGGCCGCAUGGAGGGAAGAUUCAGCAGACACACCUUGUGGGCCGGUCCCUCUGGUUGAAGGUGCCCACUACGUCCAGUGUAAAGCCUCGGUGUUCUUUGAGUGCUGGCCUGGCUACAUUCGGGAGGGUCCUUCCUCUAUAACCUGCAAUGUUGAGGACAGAGAGUGGAGCACUGUGUUGCCUGUUUGCAGAGACAUUGAUGAAUGUGAACAUGGCCAAGAGAAUCCCUGCCCCUCUCUGCAGAUUUGCGUGAACAUACCUGGGAGCUUCAAAUGUGCCUGUCAGGGCUCCCUGAUUCCGUCUCAGGAUGGCACCACCUGCAUUGGGGGCCAAGGAGUCACUGUUACUUCAUUGGCUGCAGCUGCAGCUAUUGUGGCCGGAGCUAUUUCUCUCAUUGCCGUAGCUGUGGCACUGCAUAGAAGGUGUUUCAGGAGCAAGAAGGAGGUCUCCCUUUCUAGAGAUAGUCGCUGUCCCCAGGAUUGUUCCAAAGAAGGCCAGAAUCCUGACUCAAGUUAGCUCUCCCCAAGUUCUGAAUUAGUAUUAUUUUCAAGUUUAAAGAUUUCUCAAAUCAUUCUUGUCAAAUAAUUUCUAGAGAAUGCCUUUCCUCCCCAUUUUUCUAGAGAGUUGCAAAGAAGAUUUGACCACUGAAGAUUGGUCAAACUUAGGGGCUUCGCUGGGUGCUCUGGGCACAGCCCAUGGCGGGAUUGGAGGAGGGGGAGGCAGGUAGCCCUCUCGGACUGGCCCUAGGGAAAAGCCUAUACUGGCAACACUUGGUUAGAAAAUACCUGCAAAUAGAUUAGGGUCAUAUCAGGAGGGGGGUUUUUAUGAAAGGAAGCAAUUUUCUCUCACCCAGACACGAGUUUGCUUAUCCGCAUCAGGGUUCCAAUGCACGUGCAGUAGAGUAUGUCCAGGAGGAAACUUGAAGCAGAAGAAAUGGUUGGUGGGGAACUUGUGACAUUCCCGAUGCUGUUGGACUAUGACUCCCAUUGUCCCUGACAGUUGGCCAUACUGGUUGGGGCUGAUGGGGAGUUAAGUCCAAUGUCAUCUGGAGAACCACAUGUCUCGUCUCAAGAGUUAAGCAGUGCCACAUCUGUUGGUGCCAUUCCUCUGUUCCAACACCUGAGACUACUUAUUUUUACACUGUCAAUGUUGCAUUACAAAUGUCCACUCGUCUACUUUGCCCCUUGGCUGCUUAUCUAGCCACGAACAAGGCAAGACAGAAGUAUCUGUGUUCAUUUGCCAGCUGGACUCAACAGGCCUUUGAAGUCUCAGCCUGAGCUUGGCAGUUCCUAUCCUUGGUUUAUUACUGCUUAAUCUAUUCAAGGCCCAGGUGGCAAGUAAUCCUGACACAAACCGAUGGUGAUCCAAGCUUAGUGUGUACUAGAGUUAAUUCUGGGCACACCUCUUCCCUACAGGAAGCUAAAAUCAUCUCAUACAAGUUUUAAGAAUUAACCUUCGUAGGGGGUGGGGAGAGAAAUGCAAUGAACUCUGCUUUGAAAAUGUGCUGUUUAUUUUGCAGCUGGAAUACAUGCAGGCUUCAAAAGGAAUAAAACAGCCCAAAGGCAAUAAGAACCA